CAAUUAUGAUCGCUGCAGCAGUAGUCAAAUUUGGCCAAAAAUACUCAUUAACAAAACAUGAGGGCAUUCACAUAAGAGUCCUGAUGACAUCUGUUGUUGAACUGUAAAACAGCUGUUAGGUGGAUGCAAUAUAUUGAAGUCCCACUCAGUGUCAUCACAGGCAUGAUAGCACAAUGGCCAUUGUGCCAGGUGGACAUGGUCACUUGCCCAUCUGGCAAAGGGAUCAAGCACAUGAUGGGCUUCAUUGAGCAGGAGGCCAGCGAGAAAGUUGAGGAAAUUGACUCUAAGGCGGAGGAAGAAUUCAACAUUGAGAAAGGUCGUCUGGUGCAGACUCAUAGGGUGAAAAUCAUGCAGUAUUAUGAAAAGAAGGACAAGCAGAUUGAACAACAUAAGAAAAUCCAGAUGUCCAACCUGCUGAACCAAGCAAGGCUAAAGGUGCUGAAGACACGUGACGACAUGAUCAUGGAUUUGUUGAAUGACGCUCGUCAAAGGCUUGCAGAGAUUGCCAAGGACCCUGCCAGUUACGCUUCCUUAUUGGAGGGCCUGGUUCUUCAGGGAUUCUAUCAACUGCUGGAACCUAAAGUUACCAUUCGCUGCCGACAGCAGGACGUAGAAAUGGUUCAGGUUGCAGUUAAUAAGAACAUCCCUAUCUACAAAGACACAGUGAAGAGCAACAUCGUCGUCAAAAUCGACCAGCAGCGCUUUCUUCCGUCAGAUAUCUGCGGAGGGGUUGAAGUAUACAAUGAUAAUGGGAAGAUCAAGGUUUCCAACACUUUGGAGAACAGGCUUGAACUUAUGGCACAACAGAUGAUGCCUGAAAUCAGAGUGAACUUGUUUGGUGCCAAUCCCAACCGCAAGUUCAAGGACUAACAGUGGAUGUGAGGAGAGCAGUGCGGACAUGGGUGGAAUAUACUGUACAAGGUGACCACAGACCAUCAUCAUAGUGACCAAGAGUCUGCACAAUCACCUACUAUUCAUCAGGGUUAAAGAAACCCUGAUUUGCUUAAUGGGACGCUACUGAUGUGUAAUAUAUGUUUUUAUUUUUGUACUGCGUAAUAAUUCAACAAGUGCACUUUUACUUA